AUGAGGCUAGAUUACGAUCCGGAAUAUGCGGUUGCAGGCCUGGCAUUUCUUGUCGCGCUGUGCUCUUUUCCGUAUCUUCGAAGACUUCGUGUAAUCACCCGUGCCAAGAAUCCACAGCAGGAUGGGCUCACAUACGAGGAUGAAGAUGGAGCUGCAAAUGAAGAUUCAAUAGCUCGAUUCUCCAACAAAGCCCAAUUCAUUGCCAUAUUUGUUAUCGCACUGUUGGCAAUUGCACUCUCGUGCGCAGCUGCUAUUUUCACCGCCGUCAAUCAUAAGUUUGAACCUGGGUAUUCUGGGAUACCUCUGUUGGGAUCAUGGUGGCUGUUUUUCGCCUGGAUACUUUUGUUUUUGCAAUUUUUGGUCGCGUCGCGAGAAGUUGAACCAGUAACAAGAUUUAACAGCGUAACAUCGAGCGGCAGAACAUGUUUCUUGAUCAUUGGUAUCGCUUCAAUCACUCUUAACGGAAUACGCGGCCUCUAUUAUGUGGAGCGAGACAGGCAUUUUAUCACUUCAAUCUUGAUAUGGAUUCAAAUUGGUGCGGCUGUCGCUUUGAUCGGAACAAUCGCUUCCAUCAAACGUCGCCCAGAUGUGUUUGGCCCAGAUGGAAGAGUCGUCGACUCACAGAGGACACUCAGUCUUUGGUCUAGAUAUAGCUUCGACUGGCCUAUGAAUGUGCUUCGGGCAGCAGCCUCGGAAAAGUUUGAGAAUUCUAAUCUACCCGCAAUGGACUACACGGUUAGAUCAGAAAAUGCUACUGCAAGCUUCAAGGACAUCAUCUUCAAGGGUGAUCGCCUUCCGCUAUGGGCGCACAUUAUGUGGAAGUUUCGGUGGCGGUUCAUUUGGAUGUGGGGAGCUCUUCUUUUCACAAACUUCUUUGACGUCGCUCCCGCCUUUGCGAACUUGCAACUACUUCGUCACCUCGAGACUCGCGAACAUUUCGACAUUAUUGAUCCCGUCGCGUGGAAAUGGGUUGCUGCAAUUGUUGGUGCUACGAUAAGCUCGCGCUUGGUCGACUCCAGAGUCAUGUGGUCUGAGACGGCCGACAUUGUUGUCCCGAUGAGAUCAACUUUAACCGGAAUGAUGUACGAAAAAUUGAUGAAAAUGGAGGAUUCGCUUCAUAUCCCCAAGGAAGAGUCUUCGGAUCCAGACGCGAAGAAGGCCGAUGAUGGAAAUGAGCAAGAGCAGCAACCAAACAUGAGAUCACAGCAGGACAUCGUCAACAUGUUCUCAGUCGACUGCGACGCGAUCGCAAGAUUUGGAUCUCAGAGUGGGCAAUAUGUAAACUGCGGAGGACAAUUCACCAUAAUUACCAUCUUCUUGCUGUACCUUGUCGGUUGGCAAAGCCUGUGCGCUGGAAUGUUGGGAAUUUUGGUCCUCUUUCCGAUCAACAGAGCUCUUGCUUCACGAUACGGCGGCAACCAAAAGAUUCUCAUGAAGCUUCGUGACAAAAGGUCUACGAUAAUUACAGAGGCUCUUCAGGGAAUCCGACAGAUCAAGUUCUCCGCAAUCGAAACUCAGUGGACGGAGAAGAUUGAGAAUAUUCGUGAAGAGGAGCUUUCGAUGCUCUGGAGGACGAGAAUCAACAACAUUUACAUGGCGAUUGCUUCAGAAUUUACUCCCAUUGUCUUGACGUCGCUUUCUUUGGCCACCUAUUCAUACAUCAACGGGACACUGCUGCCAUCAGUCGCUUUUACCGCCAUUACUCUAUUCAUGUUCCUCGAAGGAAUCGUGGGUCAUAUUCCGCUGUUGUUGGUUACGGCCAUUAAUGCCAAGGUGAGCUGUGACAGAAUCGAUAAGUUCUUUCGCGCCCCGAACAAAACGGAGAAUGUCCAUCCGGGCCCUGCAGUAUCAUUCCACGAUGCGACCGUCACGUUUCCAUUUGGUUCUGAAGAUCCCACCGACGACCGCUUUGCUCUGCGCAAGAUCAACCUUGACUUUCCCAAUGGCUGCCUAAGCGUUAUUUCCGGACCGACUGGAUCUGGAAAAUCACUCCUCCUUUCAGCCAUUUUAGGCGAGGCAGAGGUCUUGAGUGGUUAUAUUCAAGCCCCAAAAGCCCCUGCUCCAGAGCAACGAUUUGAUAGCAAGGCGACGGCUGCUAAUUGGAUCCUUCCUACGGCUGUUUGCUUUAUUUCUCAGACUCCAUGGAUUGAAAACGCUACCAUCAAGAACAACGUCCUCUUUGGCCUCCCAUUUGACCCUAUUCGAUACGAGAAAGUCCUUGACGCUUGUGCUCUAUCCCGAGAUCUCAGCCUGUUUGAAGACGGUGAUGAAACUGAGGUUGGAGCUCAAGGAGUGACUCUGAGUGGUGGACAGAAGUGGCGACUGACUCUAGCACGAGCACUUUACUCAAGGGCCGGUAUUAUGAUUAUCGACGAUGUCUUUAGCGCUCUUGACGCGCAUGUUGGAAAGCAUGUCUUUGCAAACGCACUUCUCGGUGAGCUUGCGAAGGGUAGAACUCGAAUUCUGGUCACUCACCAUUCGUCACUAUGCCUUCCGCGUGCUGACUACGCUGUGCAUCUCGUCAAUGGAGUUGUCGAACACUCUGGCUCAGUAGAGGAACUGCGACGCACUGGUAUCCUGGAGCACAUAAUUGAAGCAGAUGAGGCUGAAGAAGCUCACAGAGAUGUUAAUGCAAAAUCGACAGGACAGCUUGCCACAACCCCGGCGCUGGAUUCGACACCCAAGGCUAAGGCGGCUCCAAAGAGACUUGUUGAAGACGAGAAGCGAGAGGUUGGUAGAGUCAAAACAGCCGUCUAUGCUGGAUACCUCAAAGCCUUCAGCGGAAUCCCUUUCUGGUCUUUUCUUAUACUUCUAUUCGCUAUCGCACAGAGUCUCACCCUUGGCCGUACGUAUUGGAUCAAAAUAUGGGCCAGUUCAUAUGAGCAAGUCGACAACACUAUGCAUGUCAUGGUCUAUCAAUAUAAGAAGACGCUGCAGACACAAUUCUUCAGCCAGCCCAUGGACUAUGCGAACACGACAAAUGCGGCUACGAGCUUUCAAGGCGAGACUCAGGCUAGAAGCCUCUGGUUCUAUCUUGGAGUAUACUGCUUAAUAUCGACAAUCUCCGUGUUGAUAUCCGUCAGUCGUCUCUACUGUGUCUAUACCGGCUCACUCCGUGCAUCGCGGAAGAUUUUCCAGGGCAUUUUGCGCAGCGUGCUUCGAGCACCCCUCCGAUGGCUAGAUACUGUGCCGACUGGAAGAAUUCUGAAUAGGUUCACUGGCGAUUUCACUAGCAUGGACUCUUCAUUGGCUACAAACUUCUAUUACUUUGCCACUGUGACCUGGGAAAUGCUUGGCAUCUUGGUGGCAGCUCUUUUCGUUUCGCCAUUCAUGAUCAUCAUUGCCAUCGUUCUUCUCGUCGCCUGUGCUUACUUCGCUCAACAAUACAUGGCUGCAGCACGAACUCUCAAGAGACUCGAAUCCACCAACAAAUCUCCUGUCAUCUCUCACUUCGCGUCUUCGCUCAGCGGUCUAUCAACCCUCAGAGCUUUCUCAAAGGCACCCGAAUUUACCCAGCGGAUAUUCGCUCUUAUUGAUGACUGGGCAGCUUGCAGUUGGUACAUCACCGCCUUUCGCAUGUGGCUCAUGAUUCGCAUCGGCAUUACGGCCUCCAUGUUUGCUGCCGUAAUUGGCGUUUUCGUUGUUACUACGCCCAAUAUCGAUGCCAGUUUAGCCGGCUUUGUCCUUUCUUUUGCAUUGAACUUUGGACAUGCUAUCAACUGGGGCAUUUCUGUGUCUACGCAGACAGAACUUGAUAUGAACGCCACGGAGCGCAUCUUUGAGUACCAAAAUCUCGAAAUCGAAAACCAGGGUGGAGAGGAAGUGCGCGCAAGCUGGCCUGAGGAAGGUAGAAUCGAGGUUGAGAAGCUAGAAGUGGGCUAUGCGGAGGGCUUGCCUUCUAUUCUGAAGGGCUUGAGCUUUACUGCCGAACGCAAUCAGCGCAUUGGAAUCGUGGGUAGAACCGGUGGAGGAAAAUCAACCUUAUCACUGGCCCUCUUCCGCUUCCUUCAAACCAGGUCCGGCAGCAUUACGAUUGACGGCGUCGAUAUUUCCAAGAUCAAACUCUCAGAUCUGCGCACCCGUCUGGCCAUUAUUCCACAGGACCCUUUCCUAUUUUCAGGCACUAUUCGAACGAACCUCGAUCCCUUCGGCCAGUUUAGCGACUACGAGCUUCAAAAGGCGUUGAUGCGGGUUCAUCUCAUUUCCUCAAAUCCAGCUCCCACCGCCACCGAGAAUGAUUCGGACGUAAACUCUGCUCUCUCGCUUUCGUCCCCGGUCGCAUCCGGUGGUUCUAACCUUUCACAAGGCCAGAAGCAAUUGCUCUGCCUUGCACGUGCGAUUUUGUCACGUCCAAAAGUUCUGCUCUUGGAUGAGGCGACAUCAGCCGUCGAUAUGGAGACUGAUAGACUGAUUCAGGACUCCAUUCGUCAGGAGUUUUCUGACUCGACGCUGCUUGUUAUCGCCCAUCGAUUAAGCACUGUAGUUGACUUUGAUCGGAUAUUGGUGAUCAAGGAUGGUGUGACCGCGGAGUUUGGUACGCCAAAGGAGUUGCUGGAGAUUGAGGACGGUAUAUUCAAGGAGAUGAUUUCUCACAGUGGUGAGAAAGACGAAUUGGUGAGAUUGAUUUCAGCAAAAUAG